CCAAUGAGCGGCGCUCUGCGCAUCGGUGCGGGCCCAGUGUUCGCGGGAAACAGAGGAUCUUCGGGCUUCUAUCGACACAAGGCUUGAUUUUACACUAAAAUAUACUUGCUAAACGAUAUAUCAGGAAAACCAGGUGUAUUUUACAUUGAACAAACCCGCUGCCACUCGAUAAAUCUCUGUUAUUUCUUUAAUACCGCCAGAGACGCUAACAAUGCUAGUUAGCUAACCGUGCGGGGCUGGACGUUGAACGGUGAUGCUACUUGACAAAAAAAAGCCUCAAGAGGAACACGAAGCUUUGACUUUCUGCUGAAAAUACACGUACAGACAAAAUGAGCAUGUUCAAUUUAGAUCGUUUUCGGUUUGACAAGAAUGAAAAGGCCCCCAAGAAAGAAGCUGAGACUAAAGAAGAGCCCAAAAGCCCCGAUUCUGAGAAGGAAAACAAGCCAGCCAAAACAACCCCAUCCAAGCCCGUGUCGACAGGAGUGGUUUUUCUGGAUUCAGACAGCGAUGAAAAUGAUGACAUCGUGUUCGUGUCAGAAGUGGCAUCACCAAAUUCCAAAAAAUCUGUAACAACAAAAUCUGCGGACUCUUCUAAACCAACCACAAAGGGUUCAAAGGGCUCUACUUCUUCUCAUCUCGAAGAGAAAAUCAAAAAGUUGCUGGCAAUGUUUCCUCAGUUAAACAGAGAACAAGUUACAGAGGUGAUUGGAAGCACAAGCACUCUGGAUGGAGCCAUCGCUACAUGUUUACUAAAAUAUGGUGACAAAGACCGGGGUGCGAAGAGGAAGGCGGACGGGUCCUCAAGUUCUCAAGACAGUGAUAAUCAACCAGCAAAAAAGAAGAAGUCAUCAGAGGUUGAUCUUGAAGAUUGGAAUAAUCAAGAGGCUAUGGUCAGACGACUGCAGAAGAAGUUUCCUGACCAAGAUAAAGAAGAGCUCCGGUCAGUGCUUGAAGAACAUGAUUGGAAAUAUUCAGAUGCUCUUCAAGUACUGCAGAUGUUCGCCGACCCAGAAAAUACCAGCAGCAGUUCACAGGAGUCCAGUAAAGCUAAAAAAUCCACAGUUAAAGAGGAGAGUGACAGUGACAGUGAUAGCAACAUUACAGUGAACAGUGAGGACGAUGAAGUUUCUUUUGUUUCAGAAACCAAAAUGGCUCCAAUUUUCAAUUCAAAGCUCCAAUCUAAAAGCAAAGUAAGUCAUAAAAAUAAUUCCACAGCCAUAGAUUCCCGUAAAGCCAAAACUGAUGAAGGCAAUACGGAUGGUGAAAAUUCAGAUGAACCCACUUCAGAUGCCACAAAAGACAGUUCGGAUUCAGAAUUGGAUGAGAGACGAGUGGGGGAAAAAAGGCAAAAAAACACAAAACUGUCCCAAGAAACGAAACCAAAACAAUCUGUAGUGACCAGACUAACUAGUGCCAUCAGUGUAGCCAAGAAAGCUGCAGAGGAGCGGAAGAAGCGUGUCCAGGCCAAAGCCAAAGAAGUCAGCUCUGAGGUGGAAGAAGAUUACGAUGAAGAGGAUGAGGACGAUAGCGAGUUUGACGAUUCUGACGAAGAACUUGACACCAAAAAGGGCCCGACCGACGUGAAGACGGAAAUACUCAACUUCUUCAACGAGGCUACUGUAGAUGAGUUGACUCUGAUCUCCGGCUGCUCUGUGAAGAAAGCACAAAAGAUCACGGACCUGAGGCCCUUUGACAGCUGGGACAGUCUGGGGGACCUCAUUCAUAAAGACAAUGGACUUUCAGAAGACUUACUGUUGGGUUGUAAAAUUGUCCUCAAAGAGCGGAAGGUGGUGCUCGGUCUCAUGUCUAAAUGUGAGACGAUUUCUUCAAAGCUGAUCAAACAAGUCUCAGUGGUGAUAAAGAGUGACACUCCCCCCGAACAGCCUCAGCUUCUCGGCCCGCAUCUCAGUUUGAAACCCUAUCAGCUCAUCGGUCUGAAGUGGCUGAUGCUUUUGAACGAACACAAACUGAGCUGUAUCCUGGCAGAUGAAAUGGGUUUGGGGAAAACUAUUCAGGCCAUAGCAUUUCUGGCUCAGCUUUAUGAAAAUGGAGAUACAGGGCCACACCUCAUCGUUGUCCCAUCCUCUACACUGGAUAACUGGGACAGAGAACUGAAAAUGUGGUGCCCAACACUCAAUGUUACAGUUUAUUAUGGUUCUGCAGAGGACCGACGUUACCUCAAAUAUGACAUAUUGAACGGUGAAAUCGAGUUUGACGUCAUAUUGACAACAUAUAAUGUUGCCAUUGGAAACGACAGUGACCGGAGUCUUUUCCGCAAACUGCGCCUCGUCUAUGCCAUAUUUGAUGAAGGUCAUAUGCUGAAGAACAUGAACUCUCUGCGAUAUCGUCAUCUCAUGGCUAUUAAUGCUCAACAUCGUGUGCUGCUCACUGGGACCCCUGUACAGAACAACCUCCUGGAGCUCAUGUCUCUGCUUAACUUCAUCAUGCCCUCAAUGUUCUCAGACUCCACCUCGCAGCUCUCAAAGAUGUUCUCCCUGAAAUCCUCAGAGGGAGAGAGUAAAUUUGAAAGACAACGCAUUUCUCAAGCCAAACGAAUCAUGAAACCGUUUAUCCUCCGCAGAGUUAAAGCUGAGGUCCUCAAACAGCUCCCUGCCAAAGAGGAAAGAGUUGACUACUGUGCCAUGAGUGAGAAACAGGAAGAACUGUACAAAGACCUUUUCAGAAAACUCAAACAAGCAGAUCCAACUGAGAAGCGUGAGAUGUGUAAUGCAAUGAUGCAGCUCAGGAAAAUGGCCAAUCACCCGCUUCUUCAUCGUCAGUAUUACACCACAGCGAAACUCAAAGCCAUGAGUAAACUAAUGCUGAAGGAGCCCACACAUUUUGAUGCUGACGCUGCUUUGAUUCAAGAAGACAUGGAGGUGAUGUCGGACUUUGAGUUGCAUAAUCUGUGCAAACGGUACAGCUCCAUCAGCUCCUACCAGCUAGAGACAGAUAUUGUACUGGACUCAGGGAAGUUUAAACACCUCGCCGGACUGCUGAGUGAAAUGAAAGAAAAGGGCGACCGUGUGGUGUUGUUCAGUCAGUUCACGAUGAUGUUGGACAUUGUGGAGGUUUUUCUAAAGCACCAUAAACACGGAUACGUUCGCCUGGAUGGAUCCACGCCUAUUGCAGACAGGAUUGUGUUGAUUGACAAGUACAACACCGACAAAGAUGUAUUUGUGUUCCUGUUGUCAACCCGAGCCGGAGGUCUGGGCAUUAACCUCACCUCCGCCAAUGUGGUGAUCCUUCACGACAUCGACUGUAACCCCUACAACGACAAACAGGCAGAGGAUCGCUGUCAUCGGGUGGGACAGACCAAGACUGUGCAGGUGAUCAAACUCAUCAGUAAAGACACUAUAGAAGCUUGCAUUCUUCAGCUGGGUCUGAGGAAACUCAAACUGGAGCAGGACAUGACUGCAGCAGACACAACUGUGGAGGGGACCAUCCCAGAAGACAUGGCCUCACUGCUCAAAGCUACACUGGGACUGUGACACAGAACAUUACUUGAGAAAGGAAGUGACUUUCCUGUAAAUGAAUUUGUUACACUGGAACAAACCUAAAGACCAAAUGCUGCAGUUCCUUGUACCAUUCAAACUGUGCCUGAACUGAAAACUGCAACUAAAAACACUACCAACCUUUUUCCAGUGAAUAGUUUACACAUCCUUUCAGUGACUUACACUCUAUGGUUUGUGCAUUUAUUUGUUUGUAUAGUAAUGCUGAAAACGGUUACAAACAAGCAAUGACACUAGGAACAUUUUGGUUUAAUUUUGAAACCACAGGAUGUAACUUUCUAGCCAACAAAUAGACUAAAAUAAAAGCAUCCAGUUUUAUUGCACUUAACAUAGAAAAACAUGUGUUCUUUCCAUGAGCAGGCUUUUGUCUUCACAAACCUGACUCUUAUUUGGCCUGAAGGAGGGCCGUCUCCUGCUUGUCUCCAUUAAACAUAUUUAUCUCCAUGGAGGAUGUUGCAAAGUAUGAUUUUAACUUUCUGUUUCUAUGGAAUUAAGCUGGUGACGUCCCAUUACUGGAAAGUUAGACUAAAUUAGGGAUUUGCUGCAGUCUACACUUUGUUGCGGUCUACACUUUGCUAACCCAAGUGUAAAUAAGUCUAAAAGAGUAAUGAUAUCAUACCACCACUUGAGAAUUGUGAAAGACUUGUUAGGGCAAUAUACAAUAUAAUUUAGGCUCAGAUGCUUUGCCAGCAAAUUUUGUUUGUUUUUGGUGGUUUGAAAACCACUAAAUUUUUAUGUAUGUGUACGAUAUUCAGCCAUAUUUACUCAUGUCUAGUAUGUUUUUUCCAUGUAGUUUCCGUUAUGUACAAUAUGAAGUUUUCUAAAAUAUGUCGUAAAAAAAAAAAAACUUGAAACAUCAACUCUGGAUACCUCGUGUUUGACAAGUACCUUUUUAUACAAGCAGAAUGUGCUCUGAUACAGUGCUUAGUAUUUUUACAUGUCAAGAAAGCGUCUCUGACAGAAAGACUGCUGUUGCCCUCAGUGGCUUUGUAAUGUCGAACUGUUUCCUGUUUUUUAUGUAUGUUAAACUGAAGUAAUAAACAUUUCACUGUUUUUCUUUA